AUGCGCCUGAUCAUAAAUUCUGUCCUGAGCUCUAUAAUUGGGAUCCAAGUUGUUUCCGGCUCCCUGAUCUUCCCAUCGUCGACCUUGGAUACCGGCUUCACCAAGCGUCCUUCUGCAACGAACGUCGCCGGCAAACAGCAAACCGGAGGCUUCUACAACUUUUCAAACAUCCGGUACGCCGCACCACCAAUCGAUAACCUCCGCUUCCGCGCGCCAGAACCACCAGCCACGAGCCGUUCCGUUGUCGAAACCGGCGCUUCAGGACGGCUGUGUCCCCAAAGUUCGCCGGCAUGGUUAUCGGAAGCCAUCGCCUUCGUUACAAACGUCACCCAAGGACUCGCGUUCAACUCGUCUGCUUUUCGAGAGCAGCGGUCGGCGAACACCUCGACGACGCCCGUCCGUCAGCCAGACCCGAGAACAAAUGAGGAUUGCCUUGUCCUCGAUGUCGUGGUCCCAAAGUCGGCCUUUGAACAACAUCGACCCACGAACAUCUCGGACUCGAGCGUACCGGUACUCGUAUGGUUCCACGGUGGCGGAUACACCACUGGUAGUAAGGACCAGUUCGGAGGUCCCGCUGGUCUCCUGGAGCAGGCGACAGCCUUUGAGCCCGAUGGUCUGGUCUUCGUCGCGAUAAACUACCGUCUAGGAGCCUUUGGCUGGUCAGCCGGGCCCACGAUACAAUCAGACGGCGCUGCCAAUGUCGGGCUGCUUGAUCAAAGGCUUGCUUUGUAUUGGGUUCAGGAACACAUUUCAAAAUUUGGAGGCGAUCCAAAGAAGGUUACCAUCAUGGGCGAGUCCGCAGGCGGCGGCUCUCUGAUACAUCACAUCACGGUAAAGUCGCUAACACCUUGCACGGUUGAGGUCUUGCCGGAGAACCACCUGCUGACACUGUACUUCCUAGGCAAUCUCCCGACCUUCCUCACGUUGCUGAACGUCUCAACGCUUGCCGAAGCCCGGAAGCUGCCAUCGUCAGCACUCAUAGCCGCCAACAGUCAACAAGUCGCGCAAUCGCCGUAUGGCCAGUUCACUUACAACCCCGUCAUCGACCAUGGCUACGUGCCUUCUCACCAGGCAACUCUCUUCGCCCGUGGUCAAUUCGAUCGAUAUCUUUAUGUGGUGUUCAGCCACAACGCGAACGAAGGGCUAAUCUUCACUGACCCAAGUGUCACCGACGGCCUCGCUUUUCGAGGACUCAUCAGUGAGCUCUUCCCAAGCUUCAACGCGACGUUGGUCGAGCACAUUGCCGAGAUUCUCUAUCCUCCUGUAUUUGAUGGUAUCCAACCGUACAUCGACAAUUUGGGUCGGGGUGCUCUCUUGAUGGCCAAGACUCGGAUCGUUUGCAACACCCUUUUCCUCCGCCGAGCCUUCCGGAACGCGAGCUUGGCUUAUAUCUUUGCUGUCCCGCCGUCCUCGCAUGGAGACGACCUCAAGUACACCUUCUAUAAUGGUGCUUAUGGAGCACAGAUGGACAGCCGUUCUCUCAACGCGACGAUCGCAGAGGUCUUGCAGGACUGUAUGGUGUCGUAUGCCAUUAGCGGGAAGCCGACGACAGACGUCUCGGGGGUUGACGUUUUUCCAAAAGUAGGAAGCAAGUCCACGGCAUGGACUCUGGACGUGGCUGGUGUGCAAAGCGCCGUCGACGAUGCUGUUAAAGAUACAUGUUCAUGGUGGCAGGCCAAUUGGGAGGCCUUUCCCGACACUGUUUAG